AUGCAGUUUCUGGUCUGUGGUUAUGCUCUCCAGAUCCAGUGUUACCAGUGUGAGGAGGUGAAAAACAAUGAAUGCUCCACGCCGGAGUUCAUUGUCAACUGCACGGUCAACGUGCAGGACAUGUGUCAGAAGGAGGUACUGGUGAAGAAGGAUGGCAUAUUUUACCGCAAGUCCUGCGCCUCAUCCGGGGCGUGCCUCAUAUCCUCGUCAGGCUACCAGCAGUUCUGCACUGGAAGGAUCAACUCGGUGUGCAUUUCCUGCUGUAACACACCGCUCUGCAAUGGGCCCCGGAAGAAGAACCGCCCGGUCCCAUCAGCCGCGACCUUUUCAUUUUCCUCCCUUCUUUUGCUGCUGGUCUCCCUCACGCUGGUCUCCCUCGCUCUGACAUAG